AUGAAAAUCCAAAAAGGGAAAGCAAAAGGUCUAAUAAGGCUGACCCGAAGCGGAGCAAUCCUCAGGUCGUUGCAGGUUGGCCAUCUUGGUUAUCUGAAAUCUGUGGAGAAGCUCUCAAUGCUUGACUUCCACGAAAGGCUGAUUCUUUCGAGAAGAUUGAGAAAAAAAAGACCCAGUGAUACUUCUGGUGCUGAAUUCGAUUCUGCCAUUAGCCGUCUGUUUCAGAGUCUGACGAAUGUCUCCAGAGAAUUCUUAUACAGAUCAGCCUCAUGUGCUGGAGUUAUAGAUGAAAGCGAUUAUGAGUUUGUUCAGAGUAUAUGUGAAAGCUUGGUUUCAUUAGGCUCAACAAACUUGCAGUGUAUUGCUACUGAUGAUGGCAUUCUCGCUUUGUACCUUCAACAGUGUAUUGCAGUGAAUUGGUGUAUCUAG